AAAUGCGUUCGCUUUCGACACAUUCCAUUUUCUUCUACAUCAAAACAUUCAUUUUGCCAUUUCAGGACGCAGGUAAAGAUGAAGGGAUUGAUUUUCGUCACAUUCGUUCUUGCCUCCUUGACUCUUUCUAAUGCCAGUAUGCCUUACGAACUUAGCAGAAUGCUGGGUCUAGCAGCCAAUCAGCAGAAAGAGAACGACAAGAUCUCCCGAUCAUCGCUUCCGGUUACAACCUUAGUUUCGGAGGACUUUACAGAGCAAUUGACCGCGACAUCUGGUGGCUACAGGGGACGAUCUCGACAAGACGAAGACUUUAGGAAAGCUUCUGUCGAAGACUCCAGGAAAGCAUCUAUCGAAGACGCUAGAAAACGGUUAGACAGCGGAGAUGUCUCGAUCUACACUCCUCCUCCUAUACAAAAAGUGGAGUGUCACAUCGAAUUUCAAGUGACUCAACGAGUUCCCGGACGUUGUACCAAACUAGGCGGAAGUAUACCUGCAUGUCAGGCAGAGCAGUACGUUGGAAUAAACUACAGCGAGUGCAGUUAAGGCACCACUGAAGAAGAAACUAACACCACACAGUAUCCUGCAUCCUCAUCGAAAAUUUAGCAUUUUCUUUUCAUUUGGUGAAAGCUCUGCAUGAUGGUACGAAUUGGCAUCUGUACCCUUGUAUUAGAGACAUUAUGAUCUUUUGACAUAUAUUUUCAAUUUUAAUCUUUAUUCUCAUUUUUAUGUGUAUUCAUGACAAAUGUCCAUUUUUAAUGUGCUUUUGCUUUAUUUAUUGAACAUACUUUCAAAAUAAAUCUUAGCAACCGA